UUUACUCAGCCCGUCAGCCCAUACUCACCUCUGCCUCCACGGCUCCACCUCCACUUCCACUUCCAUUUUCACCUCCAUCUCCACCUCUACCACACUCUCGAUCUCUUCGACAAUUGAAGACCAGUGAAGUACCGUGGCUCUUUGGCAUUGAAGACCAAGUAAUUCUCCAAGUCUCUGCAGCAAAGAUAACCGGGGGAAUUGAAUAGUAAUAGAUGCUUAGCAGGUUGUCAAGGCACUAUUUUUGCAGCAUUUCACCUCAGCCAUGGCUCUUUGUGGGCUUGGGGAAUCCUGGUGAUAAAUUCAAGGGAACACAACAUAAUGUAGGGUUUGAAAUGAUUGAUGCAUUUGCAGAGGCAGUAGGGAUUCCAAUGGACACGGUUCACUGCAAAGCUGUAUUUGGAAAAGGUUUUGUAAAUGGCGUCCCUGUUUUCCUUGCAAAGCCCCAAACAUACAUAAAUCUCAGUGGUGAAUCUACACUUGUUGAAGUUCACACAACUGGAAAUCUGAAAUUUUCUUGCUUAAGAAAAUAUGGUAGUUUACAUUUUCCGAGUGGAAGGAUGGCAAAGCAUCAGUCAGAUAGAAUUAAGACGUUCCUUGAAGAAUUGAAUGAUUUCCCAAAAUUGCUCUGCAGUAAGCCAAUUCAGCUGACGGAUAAAGUGACAGAACAGUAUCUUGAGGAAUAUGGAAUUGUAGAUGCAGCUUCCUUCUUGCUGGAAAGGGUUGGUGAUGUUGGAAGUGCUCUUAUGCUCAUUCUUUCUGGCCUCAAUGAAAAAUUUAUUGUGCUUGAAGCUUCUAUUGGCCCAUCUGAUUCUCGUCCCAAGCACUUCAAUUCAAUUUUAAAGGAGGAGGAGGUCAAUGACAUACUUGACAUUCUGCACUCUUGUAGUGGACUAUGCCAACGGAACAGUCCGCGUUUGGAUCCUCAUGAGUCUGAGUACCUGUGGUUUCAGUUGCUUGACUCGUUUUGUUUGCCUCUAAUGGAUUCAUGUAGCAGCAAAACAAGAUCUAUACAUCAAGAAGACAUAGAAGUUCUGGAAGUUCAGUAAGAUCAUGAAGAUGACUCUGCAUAAUAAAAUGGACUUGGAGUUCGACAUAAGAUCAUGAAGUUCGACAACACAUUUUUUUGGGGACUUGGAUUUGUUUUGUAAAAUUGUCUUGACUUCUAUGUGAAAUUUAGGCCAAAUACUACUUAUCAAUCUAUUUGUAUGGUGUUAUUGAACUUGAUUAUGAUAUUCGAAUGCUU